AUGGAUACACAAACCAAAAAUCAGAAUUGUCAAUCUGAUGAAGCUCCCCACAGAUAUGGAUUUGAUCGCCUGCCUCAAGAAAUUGUCCUUGACAUAGCUUCCAGACUUCCCAUAGCAUCUUUACUUCAAUUCACAUUUGUUCGAAAAUCGUUUUACAACUUGUCUCACGAUCCUGAGCUGGUGAAUUUGCACUGCUACUACAAAAAGCUGCCUGUAUCAGUAAAACCUCAGGUGCACGAAUUGGUUUUCGGGUUUGGUUUGCAUCCUAUUACCAAAGAGUACAAAAUGGAGAAAUGUUGGAGAUAUCGUUUUGAUUCGAGGUCUCAAGAAGUUAUGUUAAAUGGGAAGAUGCAUUGGUUGACUCGAUUUGGAAAGUAUUAUGGACAUUGUGAUAUGCUUAUCGUGUUCUUUGAUUUAGCUGAUGAGGUAUUUGGAGAGGUACCAAAAGUUGAUUUUGGUGUAGAGUUUCAACUAGCAGUUCUUGGAUAUUGUCUUCCUGUUGCUCUAACUUUGCCUCACCAAAAUGGGGUAGGAUUAGAAAUUUGGGUAAUGAAAGAAUACAAUGUGAAAGUGUCUUGGAUGAAGUAG